AUGACGACCGUGACAUGGUCAUGGAUUACUCUAAAACGGGUACAGUCCUCUGACUUGACAGUUGAGAAAUUUUGGAGCGCUGCGAGCGUAUGGAACGCUAAACCACACCUGUUGAUCAAGCACUUGAUGGGUGCUGAACGGCUUGUGUCUGAAUCGUUGGCUGGUGAAUAUGGUGAUGUGUUGACUUCAGUGUUAACUACAGAUCUACCAUUUUCAACCUGGACAGGAGAUUCCACUAAUAUUUUUCGGCGUUUGGGCCUAAGUGGUGGCGAGGACAUCCAAGUGGAAGUCUGGAAACUAUUCACCAAGAAGCCCGCUGAUUGGAAUGAUUACUUGCGACUCAGUAUCUUUGAUAGGCAAAAUAGUAUCGUCGUGUUCUAUGAUUGUACACCAAAGAGGAACGACGAUGAUGUUGUCAAAUAUGCCUAUGGUAUUUAUUUUGUGGACAACUGUUUGGAAUUGCGUCUUGCCACACUGUCAAAUCAUUCUCUGAACGACAAGAAGACGUUACACUGGAUGACUGACGUAUUUUUCCCUAAAUUUUUCAACUGGACGAUUAAUGACAAAGGGUCUAAACCAGGAAUUUCAUCUUUAUCACAUGUUUGUGUUCAAAUGUAUUGUAAUUUAUAUAGUAGGUUGAAAGAAAAAUAUGCCAAAUCACUAAUGGAGCUUUGGACAGAAGUAACUGAUCCUAAGAAGUAUAUACAUAAAGAUAUUGCAACUGCUACUUAUCUGAUGCUUUUGUGGGGCAAUAUCAAACCAAGUUUUAUCGAUAUGGGGUGUGGUAAUGGUUUACUUGUACAUAUUUUGAACAGUGAAGGAUAUAGUGGAGUUGGAAUGGACGUCAGAUCUCGCAAAAUGUGGGCUCAAUAUCCACAAUCUACAGUUUUGAAGGUGACAAGUGUUGAUCCUUCAUCAUCUGAUUGUAAAUUUCCACAAGCCGAUUGGAUCAUAGGCAAUCAUUCAGACGAGCUAUCGCCCUGGGUACCAGUAAUUGCCUCGCGUAGCAAUUAUAAUUGCAAAUUUUUUCUCCUUCCAUGCUGCCCUUUUGAAUUCAAUGGUUCCCGUUACCAGCGCAUAGAUUCAUCUUUUAGCCAAUACCAUGAUUAUUUAAAAUACUUGGAAAAGACAAGUAUGAAUGUGUUUAAAUUUAAUGUUAAGAUAGACCGUCUUCGAAUACCUUCAACUAAAAGGACGUGCAUCAUUGGUUGGUCAAAAAAUUACUUACCACAAGAAGCGGAUCAAGUUGUGCAAGAUAUUGAAAAAUUUGUAAGCUCUAAAUUUAAUGAAAACGUUCUAUUUGUGCCCAGACCGCCUGAAGAGAGGGUUAGGAAUUGCACUAAAUUAGAUAAAGACUUGGUGCGUAGUGUGGUUGAUAGUGUAGCUGAUGUAUUGAUGAAGAGUUCAGAUGGAUGGAAGUGUCGCGUUACUUUAGGUGAAUUAGCAAAAAAUAUCGGCGAAGAGAGACUGAAAAAAUUGAAAAAAGAAUGUGGUGGUUUACAAACAUUGUUAAGGAAUCACAGGUAUAUUUUUGUGGUUGAGAAAGGAACUGUUGGGUUCAGAAAACCAGCAAAAGAUUGUGGAAAAGUUUGGAAGAAACAUAAAUGUUGGUUUUUUCAUAAUUAUCCAGAUAAGUGUCCAUUAAAAGAUGACGAGUGCUGUAAUAUACAUUAAUUACAAUAAAUAAUUGUAUACUAUUUUAUUAUUACAAGUUUUUUAAGUGUUGAGUUUAAAGUUUGUACAUAAAAUGAAUAAAUGUUUUCUUAUGGA